AUGUGCUACUUCUACCACAUUUCUUGCAGGUUCAUGGGUAGUUAUAAGGAGGCGGAUUGGACCCCGGGCCUUGUUUUGGACGCCUACGGCGACUGCGGCGUGGCGGCCUUCGACGGCGCCGGGGCGGACGCCUUUUGGCGGCCCAGGCUCUCCAGCAUUGUCGAAGCAUUUGCCGGUGCUGGAUACAAGCUCUCCGGCGUGAUCAACAAAGAUGGCACCGAGACACUCUGGGGAACCUCGCCCACGAAGGAGGCCUCCUGCUUUGAGGAGAACGGCGUCUUGUACGAGGUGGACGUCUGGCACGGCCACAAGACGGGCUUCUUCCUGGACCAGCGGCCCAAUCGGCUGCGCUUAAGAGAGCUGGCAGCCGGGAAGGAUGUGCUGGAUUUAUUCAGCUAUACAGGCGGCUUCGCAGUGGCGGCGGCACUUGGUGGCGCCCAGCGCUGCGUGGCCGUGGAUGCUGCCAGGAAGGCGGUGGAGGCUUGCCAGCGGAACUUCCGCUUGAACGGACUUGAUGCGGAGGUCUGUACCGACCCAAGCCAGAGCCACUUGAGCUCCGGCAUGGCCCAUGUGAUCCACCUGGCAGAUUGCUGGGAGUUUCUCCGGGAUGCUGCGAAAGCCAAAGAGGCUUUCGAUAUCGUCGUUUGCGAUCCUCCUUCCAUGGCCCCGCGUGCCAGUGCAAGACCUCAGGCGCUCAAAGCCUACGGCUCCCUCAACUCCGGCGCGCUGCGCGUCCUGCGAAAGGGCGGCCGGCUCAUCAGCUGCUCGUGCAGCUCCCACAUUACGCGAAAGGAUUUGCUGAAGGCAGUUCAGGAGGCGGCCCUGCGUUCAGGGCGCAGCGCAGCUCUUGAGGAGGAGGGCUCGGCUGGCUCGGACCACCCGACUCGGCGCGGCUUCCCCGAGGGCAGCUAUCUGCAGGUUCUCCACUUCCUCGUUCAAUGA